AUGGAAGGUCUUAAAGAUUUGCUUGCUCCUAAAACACUCCACUGGUUCAGUUAUGUGGCAAAUGUAUGUUGGUUUGUGCCUGGAACUAUCCUAUCAGCAAUCUUACUAGACAUUGAAAACAGCGAACCGACUGACUUUCGCUGUGACUCAAAUGGUGACAGGGAACUCAUUGAUGUUAAGUGUUACGAACAGUAUGAAAAACAGUACAACAAAUUCGUUAUUCCUGUGUAUGGGUUCGUGAUUAUCAACUUCCUUGUUACUGCAAGUGUUGGUGUAAUUUACUCACAAGCGGUGAAGUCGAAAGUUGAGGAACUUGAAAACCCUAGGAACGCGGAUGAUGAUGUGGAAGGGCGAACUCCCCGGAAAAAGCUUUUCAAAGCGUACUGUUUGCAACUUCUAGCCAGAUUUGCUUUCGGGAUUUCUUUUGUCCUUCUGCAGACCAAAUUACUUUAUCCGCUCAGCUUUCCCUCGAACUUCAAUUGUAACUUAACGAGAGACGGGAAUUUUUCAGACAUAACGGCUAAUGCGACUCGCAACGGAACACAAACGCAAAUGUCAUACGAAUGUCAUAAUCAACGAGCAGCUAAGAAGACCUUCUGGGCUGAUGCCGUGAUCCUUGUAACUGGAGUGUUUGCGUUUCUUGUUUUCAUCGAGUCUCUUUAUUUGUUAUGGCGUACAAAAAGAGUACAAGGGUUCACGGAGGACCCCAAAUUUCAUAAAUAUUAUCUGAAUUCGAAUACAGACAAACAUACAGACCCAGAACAAGUGUUAUUAACAACCGAGCCGUCAAUCAACCGCACUCCUCAUGAAACAUUAUUAGCUCAUUCCAUUGAACAAAUGAAGAAACAUGUCCGAGAAGUCACCGAACGACCUUACAAAGAUCUUAAAUCACCUUUUGAUGAUCCAGGCGAAGGAAGAGAUCUAAAGCUUGACGAAAUCUUCACCAACUUGAUUGUUUAUAAGGGGAGAGCUAAGUAUGACUUUUCUGGAGACAGAGGGGAACAACUUAAAGAGUACCACAAAGCCAAUGAAAAUUUGCGACCAACACGGCCAGGAGAUAUUUUCGAAGCUGUGAAACAAAAGAUUCUUGUUGUCGGUCGUCCUGGGGUUGGAAAAACUUUGUUUAGUACAAAGAUUCUUCGCGACUGGGCGUCCGAUAAUUUGUUGAACAAAACACAAAAAUCACAAAUAGAUUUUAAAGUCGCUUUUCUAGUCAAGUUGAGGAUGUUCAACUCUACAGACAAAAAAGAACUAAAUCUUCGCGAGCUUCUGGAUCACUCAGAGUAUUCAACAGCUCUAUCUGAAGAGGCCUGGAGCUACAUCCGUAACAACCCAAAGCGAGUACUGAUUAUUUUUGAUGGAUUUGAUGAAUAUUCUGGGAAGACUAAAGUCAAUAAGGAUGACGGUCUGUACAGAAACAGUGAAGAAGACAGGAUGCCUGUCCAUUUCCUGCUCAAGAAAAUAGUAUCCCGAAAACUUCUUACCGGUGCCACAGUCUUAAUAACUACAAGGCCUAAUGCCGUGCCAUAUAUCAGAAGUCUUGACUUUAAUAGAACAGUUGAAAUUCUGGGAUUUUCAACUAAGCAAGUGGAAGAUUAUGUAGACAAGUUUUCAAAGCAGGGGGACAAGGCAGAAACCAUAAAGCAACACAUUACAAGUAACUCAAACCUUCUAGCCUUCUGCUACAUCCCUGUGAAUUGUUACAUCGUUUGUUCGUGCUUGUUACAGUUGCUUCGUAACACUACUGGCUUUACUAGCCUCCCGACAAGACUGACAGAAAUAUACUCAGUUGCAAUAAAAAUGUUUUACUUUUGUUACGAUGAUAAUCAGUAUCGCCACGAUAAAGCCGAAGGUCAACCAUUUAUUCUAAAGAAGUUUAAGGAACUUUCUUCCGAUGUGCAAGAUGUGUUUGCACGUCUGGCAAAAAUUGCUUUUGAUGGAAUUAGAGAGGGAAAUCUAAUUUUUGAAUCACACGAAGUGAAGAACCUAGCGAGUAAUGGCUUGUUCCACCGAUUACCUGAUAGUUUUAACGGUUUAACGGAAGGACGAGCACAAUAUUGUUUUAUGCACCUGACGAUGCAGGAGUUCUUCGCGGCGAAGCAUUUGGUGGACACGUACAGUUCCAAAGACCUGCAGAAGUUUGUUUCCAAUAACAUCCAGGAGGGCGCGUGGAAGGUUGUGAUGCAGUUUGUGGCUGGACUACUGGCUGAAAAAGGAGAACAAUCAACAGAUAUUUUCAGCGACCUUCUUCCCUCAAAAACUUUUAUUAGAGAAGUUGACAUCAAGAUGAAUGAAGAUUCAGAGCAACGAAGUGAAACACUGACCUGCUGGCCGGCUUUUGGAGACAUGGCUUUAGUGGUGACGUUAUUCAAUUGCAUGUAUGAGAACAAAGCCUCUGAUCGAGAAGUUCAAAAGAAACUGGCGAAAAUUGGUUGUAAUGCGCUUGAUUUUGCUCAGUGUUCCCUGUCACCUCUUGACUGUUUAGCAUUAGUGCAUGCACUUAAAUCUGUUGAAGGAAUUUUGGAUUUUGAUUUAAGGUUCAACAACCUUCAGUCGUUAGGAUGUAUUGAGAUUGCGAAGUUGUUACCUGGCAACCAACACAACCAGGGUUUUUGCGAACUAGAAAGAUUAGACCUCGGCUUUAACAACAUAACUGAUGAAGCAGUUAAACGUUUAUCUACAGCACUCACACACACUAAUUGUAGACUAAACAACUUAGGCCUCGCGUAUAACAACAUAAGUGAUAAAGGGGUUAAACAUUUAUCUACAGCACUCACACACACUAAUUGCAAACUAAACAGCUUACACCUCGAGAAUAACAACAUAACUGAUAAAGGUGAAAAUCUCCUAAAGUCAAUGAACAUAAACUGUAAAGUAUUUUUCUUUUAA